AUGGCCAGAAAAAGAAAAGCCAGAAAGUUCGUCAUAGAGUCAGACUCAGACACCAGUUCUACAUUUGACUCUGACUCCCUCACCAAUCUCUACAAGAAACGAUCUCGCAAUAUGGGCGAAGCAGAUUAUCCGGGUACGAUGCGUCUUUUCAAGCUUCCAUACACACGACUGACCCAGCUAACUUCCUCACAAGAUCCACCGGAAUUCCGACCAGGUCACAUCGUCAGAUUCCUCCCAGAAAGAUGCCGCAUCAUGAUUGACCCUCCCGAGCUGGAUUUCUGCGGCCCGGCGCCAGAGCCCAUUCCCCAGUGGAAGACAAUCUACGCACCAGUGGAACGAGUUGGAAUGCUCGUCGACACCGAUCCCAGCUGCGCUGACGACUCGGUCUACAUGCGGCCGGCUGUGAGUGCCCCGUUCUACGAGUACAUCGAUGCGGAGGACAACAUCAUCGUGGACGGUAACUUUCGCUUCAACUCAAGGUUCCGCACGGAGCAUGACCGGCUGACGCGGGCGCGCGAUCUCAUCGCAGAGUGGCAGCGGGGCCUUCAGCUCGAGUUGAAAGACUUCUCACACCGCAUGCGGGACUGGCGCGUGGCGCGGCGCGCAUGGGAACUGGACCUGGUGAGCCGUGAGUUUGAGCGGGGGAACUAUGCAAUUUUCUGUCAUGGGUUCAGCGCAAAGGAUCUUGCGGCGGCGAAGAAGCAUGUUUCCCGGGAGAAUAAGCGGGAGAGGAACUGGGAGAUGGAUACGUGUGAGGUGGGAUUGCCGGGCUUCACUUGGGGGGGUACGCAGGGUCAGGCAGUGAAUUCUUGGGGGAUCUCGUUUGCGCAAGCGGGUGAAUAUCAGACGAAGUUGGCCAAGGGAUUGAAAGAGCUGGGGAAGCAAAUUCGGCAGCUGUGA